CCUAGGCCGUAGUUCGAUGAUCGACCUUGUGGUCGUGUCAUCGGAUUUGCGGCCGCAUGUUCUGGACACUCGGGUGAAGAGAGGGGCGGAGCUGUCAACUGAUCACCACCUGGUGGUGAGUAGGCUCCGAUGGUGGGGGAAGAUGCCGGUCCGUCCUGGCAGACCCAAACGUAUUGUGAGGGUUUGUUGGGAGCGUCUGGCGGAAUCCCCUGUCAGAAGGAGUUUCAACUCCCACCUCCGACAGAGCUUUUCCCAUGUUCCGGGGGAGGCGGGGGACAUUGAGUCCGAGUGGACCAUGUUCCGUGCCUCUAUUGUUGAGGCGGCCAAUCUGAGUUGUGGCCGUAAGGUGGUUGGUGCCUGUCGUGGCGGCAACCCCCGUACUCGCUGGUGGACACCAGCAGUAAGGGAUGCCGUCAAGCUGAAGAAGGAGUCCUAUCGAGCCUUUAUGGCCUGUGGGACCCCAGAGGCAGCUGACGGGUAUCGAUUGGCCAAGCGGGCCGCGGCUUCGGUGGUCGCCGAGGCAAAAACCCGAGCGUGGGAAGAGUUCGGUGAGGCCAUGGAAGCCGACUUCCGGACGGCUUCGAGGAAAUUCUGGUCCACCAUCCGACGUCUCAGGAGGGGGAAGCAGUGCACCACUAACACUGUAUACAGUGGGGAUGGGGCGCUGCUGACUUCGACUCGGGACGUUGUGAACCGGUGGGCAGAGUACUUCGAAGACCUCCUCAACUCCACCAACACGCCUUCCUUGGAGGAAGCAGAGCCUGGGGACUCUGAGGUGGGCUCUCCUAUCUCUGUGGUUGAAGUCACCGAUGUGGUUAAAAAGCUCCUCGGUGGCAAGGCCCCAGGGGUGGAUGAGAUCCGCCCGGAGUUCCUCAAGGCUCUGGAUGUUGUGGGGCUGUCCUGGUUGACACACCUCUGCAACAUCGCGUGGUCAACAGGGAGAGUGCCUCUGGAUUGGCAGACCGGGGUAGUAGUCCCUCUUUUUAAAAAGGGGGACCGGAGGGUGUGUUCCAACUACAGAGGGAUCACACUCCUCAGCCUCCCUGGUAAGGUCUAUUCAGGGGUGCUGGAGAGGAGGGUCCGUCAGGAAGUCGAGCCUCAGAUUGAGGAGGAGCAGUGUGGUUUUCGUCCCGGCCGUGGAACAGUGGACCAGCUCUACACCCUUAGCAGGGUCCUGAGGGUAUGUGGGAAUUCGCCCAACCAGUCUACAUGUGUUUUGUGGACUUGGAGAAGGCGUUUGACCGUGUCCCUCGGGGAGUUCUGUGGGGGGUGCUUCGUGGGUAUGGGGUACCGAACCCCCUGAUACGGGCUGUUCGGUCACUAUACCACCGAUGUCAGAGUUUGGUUCGCAUUGCCGGCAGUAAGUCGGAAUCGUUUCCAGUGGGGGUAGGACUCUGCCAAGGCUGCCCUUUGUCGCCGAUUCUGUUCAUAACCUUUAUGGACAGAAUUUCUAGGCGCAGCCGAAGCGUUGAGGGGGUCCGUUUUGGGGGCCUCAGUAUUACAUCCCUGCUUUUUGCAGAUGAUGUGGUGCUGUUGGCUCCUUCAAACGGGGCUCUCCAACUCUCACUGGAGCGUUUCGCAGCCGAGU